CUGUCAUGAAAUUUUGUUUUGUUUCCAAAUUAUAAAUUAAAGCUAAAACGCUAUUAGCAUAGAGAAAAGCUAUUAACAAAUGCAGAUCAUACGAUUGCAGUACGUUUCAAUUACAGCAAAUCAAUUGGAAAUUGUUAGUUGCUUGUCAUCAAUUUUAUAUGACGAUGUAGUAACGAAUGAUUCAACAAUUCCCUGCAUUAAAAUUAAAAUUGUACAGGUGUAAUAUUUAAAGCGAAUUGCUAGUAGAAUAACAACUCGUUGGCAUAAAUAGUAGUUAUUAUUAAUAAGCCCGAUGACAUGAAUUAACCGAUAGACAUCUAGAACCACAGAAUUCUAAACAUAUUAUGCAGAUUAUUAUUAUGUACGAUCUGGUUUGACAUUUAACCAGAUACAACGGCGACAGGUUCUUCGACGAACCCCGCCCGAAUUCUUUUACUGAAUGACGAUGACACUAUGCUAAUUGCAGGCCAAAACCCAAAUCGAGGAGGAUCUUAAGCACCGGUUUUCCAUGGGCCAUGGGAGGCCCUUUAAUGUUUCGACACCGGCUUCCGCAUCUUGUUCGCAGUUGCUAACGAUCGUCAAUCGGCGCAAGCGCAACUCAAUGUCAGAUACAGAUACAUUUUCAGAUUCAGAUUCAGUUCGUCAGAUCGUCGGAGCUUUCAGUUUUCAGCCAGCUCUUCGUCUUUGUCUGCGUGGAUGUAGAUUCGUUGUGAACGUGUCCAUAGUCAAGUCUUCCGAAAGAUUUGAAGAUUCUUGGUGAGCCGAAGAAACCAAAAAAAAAACCGAAAACUGAAAACCGAGUGCCGAGAGAUUCGCAAAGCGAUCGUUUCUCUUCGGCGAUCGGCGCCGAAUUUAAUAUUAAAUUGAACUUGGCCACAGCAUUUGUCAGCAUUUCUAGUUACGUAUCCGAUUGGGCAACACGCUCGCGAUCGCGUCGAUCACACAGCACUCAGAACGCGUUCGUCCAUCAUAUCCCAAAAAUAUACAAAUAAUUUAUUAUAUUUUUUUGACUGUGCAAUUGGUGUGAAAAGUGCAGAAGAAUUCGUGGCAAGUAACUAAAAAGGCCCCCCAAUGGCAACAAGCAAAUCGCUGAUAUUCGUGGGCCUGUGCCUGUGUGCCUAUGUGGCCACCUGGAGUCGCAUCUCUGCGCAGACCAACAAUAAUGUCCUCUUCGAGACGAUCAACUUCCUGCGACGCGGCCAGGCGGACGUGGAGCUGGAGAACUACGACAACAAUGUGAUCCUCGACAGCGAGUACGAUUUUAUAGUAGUAGGAGCUGGCACAGCUGGUUGUGCCCUGGCCGCCCGACUCUCGGAGAAUCCCAAGUGGCGAGUGCUGCUGCUGGAGGCCGGUGGGCCCGAGCGACUCGUCAUGGACGUGCCCAUUGUGGCGCAUUUCCUGCAGCUGGGCGAGAUGAACUGGAAGUACCGGACACAGCCCUCGGACCACGCCUGCCUGGCCAUGAACAACAAUCGCUGCAAUUGGCCCAGGGGCAAGGUGAUGGGCGGCAGUUCGGUGCUCAACUACAUGAUGUACACGCGCGGCAAUCGCCGGGAUUACGAUCGCUGGGAGGCACUGGGCAAUCCGGGCUGGAGCUUCAAGGAUGUGCUGCCGUACUUUAAGAAGUACGAGGGCAGCAGUGUGCCGGAUGCGGAGGAGGAUUAUGUGGGUCGCAAUGGCCCGGUGAAGGUCAGCUAUGUGAACUGGCGUUCGAGGAUCGCCGAAGCCUUCGUCGAUGCUGCCCAGCAGGAUGGGCUGAAGUACAGGGACUACAAUGGACGCAUUCAGAAUGGUGUGGCCUUCCUGCACACCACAACGCGCAAUUCCACCAGAUGGAGCUCCAAUCGUGCCUAUCUGUAUCCGCUGAAGGGCAAGCGGCGCAAUCUGCAUGUGCGAAAGAAUGCGCUGGUGACCAAGGUGCUGAUCGAUCCGCAAACCAAGACGGCCUAUGGCAUUAUGGUGCAGACCGAGGGACGCAUGCAGAAGAUCCUGGCCAGACGCGAGGUGAUUGUCUCCGCCGGCGCCAUCAACACGCCGCAACUGCUGAUGCUCUCCGGCGUGGGACCAGCGAAACAUCUUCGCGAUGUGGGCAUCAAGCCAGUGGCGGAUCUGGCCGUGGGUUACAAUCUGCAGGAUCACACGGCACCGGCGGUGACGUUCACCACCAAUGCCACCUCCUUGAAGUUCGAGGACUUCUCCGAUCCCACGCUCAUUAACCGAUUCAACCGGAUGGAGGGACCAUAUGGUUCGCCCGGUGGCUGUGAGGCGAUUGCCUUCUGGGAUCUGGAUCACGAACGCGACGAGGAUGGCUGGCCCGAUAUUGAGCUCUUCCUGGUGGGCGGUUCCAUGUCCUCCAAUCCGGCCAUCUCGCGUGCCUUCGGCUUGAAGAAGGUCAUCUACGAUACACUAUUUGCGGAGAUCGAGGACAAAUCGUUGAACGCCUUCAUGAUCUUCCCCAUGAUACUGCGCCCCAAGAGUCGCGGUCGCAUCAUGCUGAAGAGCAGCGAUCCCUUCAAGUAUCCCCUCAUCCAUGCCAAUUACUUUGCCCAUCCCUACGAUGUGGACAUCUCGGUGCGGGGCCUGCUGAAGGCCAUUAGUUUGAUGGACCAGCGUGGCAUGCAGGCGAUCAAUGCGCAGUUGUGGGAGAAGAAGAUCCCCACGUGCAAGCAGCAUCCCUACAAGAGCUGGGCCUACUGGGCCUGCUAUGUGCGGCACUUCACCUUCACCAUUUACCACUAUUCCGGCACCGCCAAGAUGGGUCCCAAAUCCGAUCGCGCCGCCGUGGUGGACCAUCGACUGCGGGUGCACGGCAUCAAGAAUCUGCGAGUCGCCGAUGCCAGCAUCAUGCCCGAGAUCAUGUCCGGCCAUCCCAAUGGACCCGUCUUCAUGAUCGCCGAGAAGGCAGCCGAUAUGAUCAAGCAGGAUCAUGGCUUCAUCCAGUGAAGCCAGUGAAGCCCACCUUAGGCCAAAGUUGAUUCCACAAUCAGGUGUUAGACCCAUUUACACUGGCCUACCAAAUCAUCAGAUCAUCUCGUUAAAUCACUAAACCUUAAAUGCAGUGGCCAGUGUAAAAGGGGGCUUAAGUUAUAGUUUUUUAGGUCUUUGAAAACUUGUUUGUUAUUAUCUGUAGUAAUUGUUUCUUGCCUGAACUGAUUCUAGCCUAAGAUUUAGCUAUAUAAGCAACA